AAUAAGAAAACAAAUUCAGAGAGAAAAUCUUAGGGAAAAACAGAGAAAAGACGAUUUUAUAAAAGGGAAAAAAAAUCUUCGUUCGACUCACCCUCUCUUGUUUCGACAACAUCUUCAACUUUCUCAGGAUUCAAGCAAUGAGAAAACAUUUAUUUUCUCAGUAACCAAACAGAGGCGUUAUCAAAAAGAUGCUUUGUUUGAGAUAUUCUUUGCCCAUCUUCACUAAAAGUUUGGAAUUUUCCAAGAGUUCUGGGAAUAUCAGCAGUGUUGUGGUAUGUUCUGCAAAAGGCCCGAGACCAAGAUAUCCUCGGGUAUGGAAAACAAGAAAGAGAAUUGGGACUAUCUCCAAGUCGGCGAAGCUUGUCACUUGUAUAAAGGAAUUGUCAAAUGUCAAAGAGGAAAUCUAUGGGGCUCUUGAUUCAUUCAUUGCUUGGGAAUUGGAGUUUCCUCUUGUUACGGUGAAGAAAGCAUUGAAGACUCUUGAGAAUGAAAAAGAAUGGAAGAGGAUAAUUCAGGUUACAAAAUGGAUGUUGAGCAAGGGCCAAGGGAGAACGAUGGGGACCUAUUUAACUUUAUUGAAUGCUUUAUCAGAGGAUGGGAGACUUGAUGAAGCUGAAGAACUUUGGGCUAAAAUAUUUUCAGAUAAGCUAGAAGGCACCCCGCGCGUGUUUUUUGAUAAAAUGAUUUCCAUUUACUAUCAUAGGGACAUGUAUGACAAGAUGUUUGAGGUAUUUGCUGAUAUGGAGGAGCUUAAUGUCCGACCAAACGUUUCAAUUGUUACCAUGAUGGGGAAUGUCUUCCAAAAGCUGGGUAUGUUGGACAAGUACAAGAAAUUGAAUAGGAAAUACCCACCACCUACAUGGGAAUAUCGAUACAUAAAAGGAAAACGUGUUAGGCUUCGAGCAAAGCCUAUGAAUGAGUUUGAUGGUGCCAUUGAAGGCAUGAAUAAAAACAAGGAAACAACCCAGAAUCCAAAAGGAUUAGUUGCAGAAGCUAAGAAUAAGGAGACUGACCUGAAUUCAAAUGAAUUACUUGGGGAAGCCGAGGCAUAUCUAGGCGAAUCAUUCAAGGAAGCCAAUGAAAAUUCAGAUGAAUCAUUUGAGGAGGUUGAGGCAAAUAGAAAUGAAUUGUUCGAGGAGGAAGCUGAAGCAAUUUCGAACAAAGACACUGAAGCUAACUUAUCUACAUGAUGUCACAGGCUGAUCAUAUCCUUCAAUUUUGUAUCUGCAUUUCUUGGGAGGUGGUUGGAAUUGGUGUUUUUUGUGAUCAUGUCAAGUGAAUGUUGUGAAGGUUGGCUCACAAAAUAUGCUGUAAACUAGGACAUCAUUAGUUUUUGUCAAGCAGCCACCCUUGCUAGAAUGUGACAGCUGAAGGACAUCGGAUGCCCCCCAAUUGAUAAUGCAUGAAGUAUUUAUAAUCAGACAUUAUUCAAAGCAAAUAACAGCAUAUUUCCCGAUUCGCUUUCCUGUGA